AUGCGCCAGCCGCCCGUCCUCUCCUGUCCUGACGCACCGCACCGCACCGCGGCGCACCCAACCCAACCCAUCAAGGCGCGCACACCACACUAUACGCCAUUCCUCCUGCUCUUCCCUCACCCUCGCACACUUCCCACCAACACACCUUGUCUUUACGUCCCCCCUCUGCCGUCAACACUACCACCACCUCGCGAGACUGUCGUCGACGCACGAUACUUUGGAGCGCGUUUACGACCAGCAAUCUGCACCACCCCCUUCAAGUAUUCAGGCAAUCACUCCUGUGAUCAGCGCGAUUGUCGCAAGUUUCCAGCAAUCUCCUGCAACCACAACGCAACCCCCCGGGAACCACGCGCCAGCGCAUGCACCGAACCACCGGCGGAUGACCGGCGAGUAAAGGUGAACCAGCCGCGCACAUUCGGCCUCAUUGGCGAUACCUCAACUUUUCUUGAAAUGACAACGAGUCGCGCAAGUCCAUUCCAUCCGACAAAUACGAUAACGAAGACUGCCAUGGCUGCGCCAGCUUUUCUGCAACAAUCGCAACCCUUCAGGUCGUCCAACGGCCAACCUGCGUUCCUAUCCUCCGUCAAUCCCUUCGAUACGACGAAGCCCGUAGGCACCCCGUUCGCUAACGCAGGUCCCGCCGCUUCUUCCGUCCUCAUUCGCCGUCUCCCUUUGAACACUUCCGAAGAGUCGCUCCGCCUCAUGGUCGUGUGGUCCAAGGAAUUGGUGGAUGUUGAGGUUCUUCCCGUGGACCAUUCAGAUGACAAGGGAUUCCGAUCGGCCAUUUUGAAGUUCAGGACCACGAACGGCGCGAUCGAGGCGAAAAACAUGUUGGACGGGAAGUCCAAUAUUUCCAACGACGCGAACAUGAUUGUAGAGAUUCUUGGAGGAAGUCCAACCACCUCGAGGCGAUACGCCGAGCCUGCAGGCACUGGGCCGUCAAGCACCGCUUCCUCUGCGACAUCCUCUGCGCCAACAUCGCGACAGCCAUCGCGAUUCAACGGGGGUUUUCAGCCUCUCGAAAAGAUCUCGCCGCCCCUGAACGCUAUCUACGGCUCCAGCGAAUUGCCAAAUCCCGAGUCCAGCGCGCACUACCAGAAUCUGUUCUCCCCGCAGUCACCGAUCGGAAACCAUCUGUCGGAGCGAACUCGCGCCACAGGGAAAUCGAUGAUCAAUGACGACGCCGGCGACGACGACGACACUGGUGAGUUGCUGAAGGAUCCGGUCGCCUACGCGGAAAACGGCGCCACGUCCCAGCGACGGGCCACUGCCCCACAGCUACCCAUCUCGCGUCUGGCCAACCUAUCCUUAAACACCAGCUCGUCUUCUGGCCCAUCAUCUCUGCCACAAUAUGGCCAGCAAGGAAUGGGAACGAUGUCGGCUCACCCAGCUACCAUGUCGCCAACCGUCUUGGGCAGCGGCCCACACGGGGGGGUGCCCUUUCACUUGGCAGGUGGCCACCCGUACGCCCGGCAUAACUUCCCCCCGGUGAACCCAGCCGACCAGAACCCGCCGUGCAAUACUCUAUACGUCGGCAACCUUCCCAUCGACACUUCCGAGGAAGAGCUCAAGGCCAUGUUCUCCAAGCAGCGAGGAUAUAAGCGCCUCUGCUUCCGGACCAAGCAGAACGGCCCCAUGUGCUUUGUUGAGUUUGAGGACGUUUCCUUCGCUACGAAGGCUCUCCACGAUCUCUAUGGCCAGCCCUUGCACAACAGUGUCAAGGGUGGCAUUCGCUUGAGCUUCUCCAAGAACCCUCUCGGCGUUCGAUCUGGUCAAACUCCCGGCCAGGCCACUUCACCCAUGGGGGGCAUGAUGACGGGUUCUACAAACGGUUUCAAAACCGCCAAUGGACCCCCUCCGGGCCUCGCAGCUCCUCCAGGCCUCGGCGCUGGCCGCUUCAACGGUGGUUCGGCCGCACAGUCGUACACUGUUGCUGGAUUUCCAGCUAGCAGCAACAACAAUGUAUGGAAUGGGUACAGCGGCGCCAUGACGGCCGGCGGGCCUGGAUCUUUGAUGAACGGAAACAAUUCCAACUACCUGCCACCUCACAUGCUGGGCAGGUAA